AUGAAGCUGAAAAAACGUCCGAUGAAGUUGUCGGCGAAAAAGCCAAUGGAGAAGCUGGGAAAAGCUCAAAAGUUGAAACAAAAGGAAACUGAUUUAGCAAAUGCUGAAAAAGUAAUGGCUCAAUUCGAAAGUGGUGCGGUAGACACUAAAAAGAAGAAACAAAACGGUGCUGCUAAAUCCAACGGGCACGCUGCCCCAACCACAGUUUCCAAACCAGAGAACACAAAUCAGAAGCGCCAGUUGAAGAAGAUUCUCGGACAAGAUGGUUUAUUGGUGAAACAUCAAGAGGGAGCGAAAUGGUAUUCUUACCAAAUCGAUCAUGUUCAUGAUGAGAAAACUGAGAAAAUGAGUGCGUCGGAGGUUCAGAAGUUGCUCGAAGAAGGAAAAGAUGCGUUGGCACAAGACGCCGCACUCCUUCAAACAAAAGACAAACAAGAGAACGGAUCGGAAGCAUCGUGGCUUUAUUCAGUGAUCUCAAAAGGAACAGCAGCCGAUAAAAGAACUGCUAUGCAACUUCAAAUGCAUAAGUCUCCAGUGCAUUCUUUGGAAUACGUUGAAAAACUUAUUGCGUCUUGCAAGAAACAAGGAACAAGAGAUGUUGUCGAUAUCAUUCCAAUUCUCGAAGACGUCUUCAUCAACCACUGCCUCCCAGAAAACCGAAAAUUGAUUCCAUUCUCGAAGCGUGCGCUCAAAGAACUCACUGCACUCUCUUCUGGAAAUCAACGCUCUCGCCGGAAGAUUCUUCUGAUGUGGGCUUUCGAGCAUGAGCUCAAGAUUCUGUAUCAACAGUUCAUUGAAACGCUUGUCGAGAUUAUCAAGAGACCAUUAGAAGAAGUCAUUAAAAGAUCUUUGAAAACUUUGGCUAACUGCUUAAUGGGAAGACCUGAGUCUGAAAAUCUGAUUCUCUCGUCACUUGUCAACGCUUUCGGUCAUCCCAACUACAAAAUCGGAGCUUUCGUUGUAAACCUUCUCGAGGGAAUUUCUAGAAAACAUCCAGCAAUGAGACUCGUUAUGGUUGAAGAAAUUGAGAGACUAGCAUUCAGAAAGAACGUUAACGAACGUGCUCAUCUCUACUCGAUGACAUUCCUUACCCAAAUGAAGUUCUCGAAGAAAGAUUCUGAUCUCUGCUGUCGUCUCAUGUCAAUUUAUCUUUCUCUUUUUAAGACAAUUGUAGGAAAGAAAAUCACUGAUAAUCGUCUCCUUCCAAUCAUUCUUGCUGGUGCUAACAGAGCAUUCCCAUUUGCAAAAGAUGCCGAUAAACUUCUCGAAGAUGUCAAAGAUGUCUAUUUUCUCGCCCACAACUCCAAUUAUAGAACUGCGAUUCCUGCUUUGAAACUGUUGUUCCAGUUUCAUAAAAUGAAUGAUUAUGUGUCGGAUCGUUUCUACAAUGCUCUUUAUCGCAAACUUCUCGAUAACUGUCCAGCCGGAGCGUAUGCCCAGCUACUCAAACUGAUGUUCGAUACGAUGAAAGAAGAUUCGUCGGCUCAGAGAAUUCGAACAUUCGUGAAACGUCUUCUUCAAGGCGCUGUCAAUUCUCAACCAGAUUUCACUGCCAGUAUUCUUAUUCUCAUUUCACGUCUUCAAAAACUACGAGGUCCUACGGAGAAGAUUAUUGUUAUCACAAAAGAUAUUGAUCCAGCUGCACGUGUUGUUGAACAAAUGCAAAAUGACGACGACGAUGAAGAGCGUUAUGUGGAUCUCGAUGUUGAGGGAAAUGAAAUUGCCAGAGAUGGAGUGAAGAAAGAAGAUGAGCCAUCAGAAGAUAUCGUAGUAGAUGAUGAUGAUAGUGAAGACAAAAAGAAGGUUCAGGCAGGUCAACUCGGAGCCUCGUCGACUGGUGGAUGGGUUCAUAGAAAUAUUGGUGCUCGUGGAGCCAAAUCUCCGUAUGAUUCAGUAGCUCGUAAUCCACUCUUUGUUGAUGCAUCUCAUGUUGCUGACAGUGAACUUCUACUGCUUUCAAAUCACUAUCAUCCGUCAGUUGCCGUGUUUGCUAAGGCUUUGAUGGAGGGAAGAGAAAUCAAUUAUGGAGGAGAGGCGCUCAACGAUUUCACUCUUAUGGCAAUUCUUGAUAGAUUCGCUUUCCGUAAUCCGAAAGAUGUCACUAAGACAACCGGAAGUCGAAUUGUUCGAAAGAAGUCUCAUGAUCCAUGGGGAGUUAGAAAGUUGGCUGUCGGUUCUAAUGAAUACACUCGGAAACGUCGUGAGGAGAUCCCUGCGGACGAACGGUUCCUUCAUCGUUACACUUCUAGUUUGAACAAGGAGAAAAAUGUGAAGAAGGAGUCAGGAGAAGAUGAGUGGGAAUACGCCGAUUCUGUUAACUCUGAAGAAUUCGAUCAACUGCUGGAGAGAUUCGAACCGGGAGAGCUCAACGAAGAGUUUGAUAUCGAUUACAGUAAGGAGUUCGGAGCUGAGAAGAGCAAAAGAAACAAGAAGAAGGCAGCUGAAGAGGAAGACGUGGAUAUGGAUGAAGACGAUGAUUUGGAUUUGAAUGAUUUGAACGAAGAAGAAGAUGGAGGAAUGGAAGAUGAUGACGAUGGCGGCGAUACUGAAGACGACGAUGAUGAUGAGGUGGAAGACGAUGACGAGGAAGAAGAUGAGGACGACGACGAUGACGAUGAAGAAGGCGGUUUCGGAGGGAAGAGCUCUGCCAACAUUUUUGGAGAAGACGAUGGAUCAAGUGAUGAAGAAAUGGGAGCCAAUGAUUAUGAAAUGGCUGGUGAUAAAUUCGCGGAGAUGCUCGAAGCUCUCGAAGAAGAGGAGGAGAAGAACGGAAAGAAGGGUGGAAUCAAGAGAAGAGGUGGUGGAUUCAAGCGAGGCGGUGCGAAAAAGUUCAGAAAACAUUGA